AUGGAAGGCAAAAGUCAGUUUCAAACAAAACAGAAAAAUCAGGAGGAAAAAAUGCUUACUGUGAACCCACACAUGGCUUUUACUCGACAUCAGAGACUCAAUACAGGAGAGAGACUGAAUGAACUUAAAGGAUGUGAGAAAGCCUUCAUUUCUGCCUCAGACCACACUCAACAUGAGACAGUUCACACUGAUGAGAAAUUCUGUGAAGAUAAGGAUCUUGGGAAGACAUUUAUUCCUGAUUCAGAAUUUCAGACAGUUCAUACUGGUAAGAAAACAUAUGAAUGUGAAGAAUGUGGCCAGGCUUUUAGUUUGCAAUCAAGCCUUACUGGUCAUAAGAGAAUUCAUACUGGGGAAAAAACUUUUAAGUGUAAAGAAUGUGAAAAGGCAUUUAGAUGUCAUUCACAUCUUAGUUUUCAUAAGCGAAUUCAUACUGGUGAAAAGUCUUAUGGAUGUAAGGAAUGUGGGAAGGCAUUUAGUUGUGGCUCAGGACUUAUUCGACAUCAGAGAAUUCAUACUGGUGAAAAGCCCUAUGAAUGUAAUGAUUGUAGAAAGGCCUUUACUUGUGGCUCAGACCUCACUCGACAUCAGAGGAUUCAUACUGGUGAAAAACCCUACAAAUGUAAUGAGUGCAGAAAGGCCUUUAGCCAGCCAUCCCAUCUUAUUAAACAUCAUAGAAUUCACACUGGCGAAAAACCUUAUGAAUGUAAGGAAUGUGGGAAAACUUUUACUUGUGGCUCACACCUAAGUCAACAUCAGAAAGUUCAUAUUGGUGAGAAAUCACUUCAGUGUAAGGAAUGUGGGAAAUCCUUUAGUUCUCGCUCAGAUCAUCGUCAACAUCAGUUAAUUCACACUAGUGAGAAACUAUGUGAGGACAAGGAAUGUGGGAAGUUCUCUCUUUCUGAUUCAGCUGUUACUCAAUAUCAGACUAUUCACAAUGAUAAGAAAAAAUAUGAAUGUAAAGAAUGUGGCAAAACUUUUAGUUUACGUUCCAGUCUCAGUGGUCACAAGAGAAUUCAUAGUGGGGAGAAGCCUUUAAAAUGUAAGGAAUGUGGGAAGGCCUUCAGGUUUCACUCACAACUUAGUAUCCAUAAACGAAUUCAUACUGGUGAGAAAUCAUAUAAAUGUAAAGAAUGUGGGAAGGCCUUUAGUUGUGGCUCAGACCUUACUCGACACUGGAGAAUUCAUACUGGUGAAAAGCCCUAUGAAUGUCAUGAAUGCAGAAAGGCCUUUAGUCAGCGAUCACAUCUUAUUAGCCAUCAGAGAAUUCACAUGAGUGGAAAACCUUUUGAAUGUAAAGAGUGUGGGAAAAAUUUUGCUCGUAUUUCACACUUAACUCAACAUCAGAACAUUCAUAAAUGUGAGAAAUCCCAUGAAUGUAAAGACUUUCAUAAAAAAGCCAUUAGUUCUGGUACAAAACAUGGUCAACAUCAGUUAAUUCACACUGGUGAGAAAUUCUGUGAUGAUAAGGAAUCUCAGAAGAUGUUUGUUCCUGACUUGGAACUUAUUCAAUCUCAGAUACAUCAUGAUAGGAAAACGUAUACAUGUAAAGAAUGUGGCAAGUGUUUUAGGUCAUGUGCAAGUCUUAGUAGUCACAACAAAAUUCAUACUGUGGAGAAAGAUUUAAAGUGUAAGGAUUGUGGGAAGGCCUUUGGUUAUGGGUCAGACCUUACUAGACAUCAGAGGAUUCAUACUGGUGAAAAACCUUAUGAGUGUAAUGACUGUAGAAAGGCCUUCACGUGUGGCUCAGACCUUACUCGCCAUCAAAGAAUUCAUACUGGUGAAAAGCCCUAUCAAUGUAAAGAAUGCAGAAAGUCCUUUAGUCAGCAUUCACAUCUUAUUAACCAUCAGAGAAUUCACACUGGUGAAAAACCUUAUGAAUGCCAGGAGUGUGGGAAAGCUUUUACUCGUGGCUCACACCUAACUCGACAUCAGAAAAUUCAUACUAAUGAGAAAUUGUAUCAAUGGAAGAAAUGUGGAAAGGUCUGUAGUUCUGCCUUAGAUCACAAACAGCAUCGGGUAGUUCACACUGGUGAAAAAUUAUACGAAGAAAAAGAAUGUGGGAAAACCUUUCUUCCUGACUUGGAAUUUACUCAAUGUCAGACUUUUCACACUGAUAAGAAAACAUAUGAAUGUAAAGAAUGUGGCAAGACUUUUAGUUUGAGAUCAGGUCUGUCUUGUCACAGGAGAAUUCAUAGUGGGGAGAAACCAUUAAAAUGUAAGGAAUGUGGGAAAGCCUUUAGAUUUCAUUCACAACUUAGCGUCCACAAGCGAGUUCAUACUGGUGAGAAAUCCUAUGAAUGUAAAGAAUGUGGGAAGGCCUUUAGCUCUGGCUCAGAUCUUAUUCGUCAUCACAGAAUUCAUACAGGCGAAAAGCCCUAUGAAUGUACUCACUGUGGAAAAGCCUUUAGUCAAAGAUCACAUCUCAUUAAACAUCAAAGAAUUCACAAUGGUGCAAAACCAUAUGAAUGUAAGGACUGUAGGAAAGCAUUUACUCUUGAGUCACACCUAACUCAACAUCAAAAAAUUCAUACUGGUAAGAAAUCACAUGAAUUUGAGGAAUAUGGAAAAUCCUUUAGUGCUCCCUCAGACCAAACUCAACAUCCGUUAAUUCACAAUGCCAAGAAAUUCUGUGAAGAAAAGGAAUGUGGGAAGACCUUUCUUCCUGAUUCAGAACUUCCUCAGCAUCAAACUGUUCAUAGUGGGAAGAAAAUAUAUGAAUGUAAAGAAUGUGGCAAGACUUUUAAUUUGCAUUCAAGUCUCCGUGGUCACAAAAGAAUUCAUGUUAGAGAGAAACCUUUAAAAUGUAAGGAAUGUGGGAAGGCCUUCAGUUGUGGCUCAGAACUUUCUCGUCACCAGAGAGUUCACACUGGUGAAAAGCCCUAUGAAUGCAGUGAAUGCAAAAAGGCCUUUAGUCAGCAAUCACAUCUUAAUAACCAUCGGAGAAUUCACACUGGUGAAAAACCUUAUGAAUGUAAGCAGUGUGGGAAAGAUUUUACUCGUCGUGCACACCUAACUCAACAUCUGAAAAUUCAUACUAAUGAGAAAUUGUGUCAAUGGAAGGAAUGUAGAAAGGUCUUCAGUUCUGCCUCAGACCAUAAUCAGCAUCAGGUCGUUCACAGUGGUGAAAUGUUACAUGAAGAAAAAGGAUGUGGGAAAACCUUUCUUCUUGACUUGGAACUUACUCAAUGUCAAACUUUUCACACUGGUAAGAAAACAUAUGAGUGUAAAGAAUGCGGCAAGACUUUUAGUUUGAGAUCAGGUCUUACUUGUCACAGGAGAAUUCAUAGUGGGGAGAAACCAUUAAAAUGUAAGGAAUGUGGGAAAGCCUUUAGAUUUCAUUCACAACUUAGUGUCCACAAGCGAGUUCAUACUGGUGAAAAAUCCUAUGAAUGUAAAGAAUGUGGGAAGGCCUUCAGCUGUGGAUCAGACCUUACUCGACAUUAUAGAAUUCAUACUGGAGAAAAGCCCUAUGGAUGUAGUGAAUGCAGAAAGACCUUUAGUCAAAGAUCACAUCUCAUUAAACAUCAGAGAAUUCAUAAUGGUGCAAAACCAUAUGAAUGUAAGGACUGUAGGAAAGCAUUUACUCUUGGGUCACACCUAACUCAACAUCAGAAAAUUCAUACUGGUGCUUUGUGGCACCUUCAUUCUAGGGACAUUCCCUCAGCUGAUGAGAGAACUAUGUGGCUCAACCUCUGUCAGUCUAUGUCCUCCACUACCUGGAGGAACUGUAGAGAGAAGGCUGAGGGACCCUGGAAUCCAGAAAUGAAAUCAGUUACCUUUGAGGAUGUCGCUCUGAGCUUUUCUGUAGAGGAGUGGGCUUUGCUGGAUCCUUUCCAAAAGAAGCUCUACAGAGAUGUAAUGUGGGAAACCUUCAGGAACCUGGCCUCUAUAGAAAUCAAAUGGAACACAGACUCUGAACAUAAAUAGGUAAUCAAAACGUAGAAAAAUAUUCAGUAGUACUAUAGAUUCUAUGGUAAACAAGAAAACUUCCUUGAGUAAAAAGCUGGUCAAAGUAAUUUGUUUGGAGAAGUCCUCAUUGGUCAUUCACGUGUUAAUGUUCCUUUCAGAGCUCAUACCAGAUACAAAUGAUAUGAAUGUCAGGAAUAUGGGAGUCCCUCAGUUGUUUCCAGAUAACAUUCAGAGGAAUGAAAGGACGCUUUAGAGUAACAUCAAGAAUGGAUACAAGGUGAUAAAAUGCUCAUAUAUUCCAUUUUUAAUGAAAUUACUUACUACAGAAGACCUCUACAUAUGUGAUCAAUGUGGGAAAGACAUCUGAGAUCACAGUUCCUUCACAAAACACAGACAACACAAACUCUCAGUGUAGAGUAUUCCUAUAUAAGUAAACAAUGUAGGAAAGCUUUUAGUCAUUGCAAUACUUUUCACAAGCAUGAAAAAAUUCACACUAGACAAUAACUCAAAAUAUAGAAUGUGUAAAUGCUUCAUUACCACACAAAGUUUCUAGAAAAUUUGAGAUUGAAUGGUGGAAAAAACUCAUAUCAAUGAAAGAUGUGUGGAAUGUCUCUAGUCAUCUUGGUUUUGUUCAUAUAUGUGAAAGAACAAAAUAUAGUCAGGGACCAUGACUAGAAAAAGGUGCAAAUCUCCUGAUUUGGCCCAUAUAUAACAAUGCACAAAGCCCUGUAAAUGUGAAAAACACAAGAAAGUUUUCAGGUUUUACAGAUUCGAAGCCCUGUAAAAAUUCCCCAUGUAGGGGAAAUAUAUGUAAAUACUAUUAAAAGCUUGAUUCAAUUGAAGUGGUGUAGAAUACUGCAAAAAAUGCAAAACCUAAAAAGAAUGUAAAAAAGUUAAAUAUAUAUUGUGUGUAUCAGUGACUUAAUAAAAAUUUUUACUCUUGGGAAUAAAUACUAAAGUUGGCUGUGGUAGUGUGUGCCUGUAAUAUCAGUGACUUAGGAGGCUAAAGCAAGAGGACCCUAAGUUAGAGAACAGCCUCAGCAACUUAGUGAGACCCUUUCUUAAAAUACGUAAGAUGCAGAUGUGGCUUAGUGGUUAAGAAUGCAACACCCACACAAGAAUUCAAUACCUGCUACCAAAACAAAACAAACAACCAAAAAAACAGGAAAAGAAACUAAAUUUUGAGGUGAUACAAUUCUAUAAGUUUUGUUUAAACAAUAGUGUAUGGUUUUAAUUAGUAUGGACUGUUUAAGUUGAAUCAGGGUUUUAAGUUACAUACGGAGUUUGUUUGUUUGUUUUUUCUCCUUUCAUUUUGAACUAUGUUGAAUCCAUGGGAGAAAUGAAAUGUGUUCUUCAUAUGCCAGCUUGAGAGACAGGCCAUUAAAAAUUAGUUUAGGUUAGGCCUGCACAAUGGUGCAUGGCUGUAAUCCCAGGGGCUCAGGAGACCAAAGCAGGAUAAUGAAUUCAAAGCCAGUCUCAGCAACUUAGCGAGGCACUUAACAACUCAGCAAGACCCUGUCUCUAAUAAAAUAUAGAAAGAGGGCUGGGGAUGUGGCUCAGUGGUUAAGUACUCCUGGGUUCAACACCCAGCUCCCCGCCCCAAUGAGUUUAUGUUAAUAGUUGGAAUUUUCCUACUGACUUUGUAUGCAAGUUUGUUACAUUUUAUAUGACUAUAAUCCACCUGUCAUUUCUCUGAACUAAGGACACUGUUUAUGUAAAUUUUAUAUUUUUUAUACUUUUUGACAUGAUUCAAACAAGAUUUCUAUGACAUCUUAGAGUAUACUGUUUCCAAACAACUUGUAUAGAUUUAGCAAAUGUUACAAUUUUAAUUACUGAGCAGACAUGCACAUAUCCCAACAUAAUCAUAAAUUAGAUAAAGUAUAUAUCCCAUGUUUUUCCAUUGAAUUUCAUAGUACUUAUCAUGAGCAUAACUUUACAUGUUUUUUUCUCUCAUGAAUUUUUCCUUCUCAUUCUUAUAUUCUCUUCCUUAACAAUACCGAAAUAUGCUGGUGUGAGUGCCCUCUGCAAGAGAUCAUCAGUACAAUAACUUUUGCCACAUAGGAUACAUUGACUUGUAACCCAUCUAGGCACAAGACAUUUUUUGGAGGUAGUAUCAGAGAUUGAACUCAAGCGCACUCACAAACACUGAGCCACAUGCCCAGCCCUAUUUUGUAUUUUAUUUAGAGACAGGGUCUCACUGAGUUGCUUACAGUCUUGCCCUUGCUGAGGCUGGCUUUGAACUCAUCCUCCUGCCUCAGCCUCCUGAGUUGAUGGGAUUACAGGCAUGCACCACCAUGCCCAGCUGGGAAGAUUUUCAUUUGGGCUUUGUAUUUUGCUCAACAUGAGAAAAUUUACUCCAUAAAUGUAAGGAAUGUGGAAAGACCUUUUUUUAUGGCUCAAAUUUUCAUCAUCACUAGGAAACUCAUACUGGUAAGAAAAUCUAUGAAUGCAACGAAUGUGCAAAGAGCUUUUUUUUCAUGACUCAGAACUUAAUUAACAUCAUUUCCCAUACCAGAAAGAGACCCACAUGAAUGUGAAGAGUAUGGGAAAUCUGUAUCUAGGACUCCACCAUUUCUGUGACAGAAAAAAUCCAUACUGAUGCAUAACCCUAUGAAGAGAAGAAAAGUAACCACAUCUUUAGUUACACUUCAUAUUUUACUAAGCAGAAAAUUCACCAUGGUGAGAACCACUAUGAAUGGACACUUUGCGAACACCUUUAAUCAUGACUCAAUGUUUGCUCAACAGCAUAAUAUUUACACUAUUGAAAAGUAUAAUGAAUAUGAAGAUUUAGAGAAUGUUUUCUUUAAGCUCAGUUUUAUCUAUUAUCAUAAAAACUUAGGAAUAGUUUUAUUUAUAACAAUAUAACAUUGAAGUUCAUUAAUUCAUCCUUUUGAGAAACACCAAAGUAUAAUAUGGAAGGCAUUCUGAAAUGGUAUAGAAUUCACCCAUCUACAGAAAAUUCACAAUGCAAUCUAUAUUAAUUUAGGAAAGGAUUUACUGAUUCAUCAUCAUUAUGGAAUAUCAGGGUUAAGUUUUUUAAAAAACUUUUAAAAAGUUGUUUCAUCUUGCUCAUAAGGAAAAUGCAAGACACCCCCAAAAUGCAAGAAAUAAAACUAAGAAUCAAUAAGAAGGAUGCCAUCAAACCAAAAUGCUUUUGCACAGCAAAGGAAAUGAUUAAAAGCAUGAAGAGAGAGCCUACAUAAUGGGAGAAAAUAUUGACCAGCUACAUCCAAUAGGGGAUAAAUAUCCAGAAUAUUUGAGAAAUAACUCAAAAAGCUUAACAUCAAAAAAGAAAAACCUAUAACCAAAUCAAUAAGUGGGCAAGAGAACUAAACAAACUUCUCAAAAGAAGAAACACAAAUAGCUAACAAAUAUAUGAAAAAAUGGUCAAUAUAUCUAGCAAGUAGAGACAUGUAGAUCAAAACUACACUAAGAUUUCAUUUCCCUCUAGUAUGAGCGGCCAUGAUUAAGAAUACGAAUAAUAAUAAAUGCUGGCAAGGUCAUAGGGGAAAGGUAUAUUCGUACUUUAUUUGUGGGGCUGCAGACUAGUACAACCACUCUUGAAAGCAGUAUGGAGAUUGCUCAAAAAACUAGGAAUGGAACCAUCAUAUGACUCAGCUGUCCCACUCCCUUGAAUUUUCCCAAAAGAUCUAAAAUCAGCAUAAUACAUCCACAUCAGUGCUUACAGCAGUGCAGUUCACAAUAGCUAAAUUAUGUAAUCAACCCAGAUGCCAUCAAUAAAUUAACAGAUUAAGAAA